GAACUAGUGGAGACUUAGUCGCCAUAGUUUCUGUGUCAGUCGUUAUCUCCCAACUAACAAUGGAUAAAUAAAUAACAAUAUCAACAAACAGUCGUUUUCGUGUGUAUUUUUUUGUGAAAAUUGAAUUAGUUAAACAUGGAUCUCUUAAAGGAAGAGAUCAUGAAAAAAAGAAAAGAACUGGAGGAGAAUAACGUUCUCGCUGGAGGUAGAAAAUACUUCCGAAGAAGCGAUCUCGUCUCCAAAAGGACAACAACAGCACAGAACAGUGGAUGCACAAAACAUAAUACAGAUAAUAUGGUGGUGAAUAGAAAUUCAGAGCAAUCUGUUGAGAAUACCAUGGAACAUCAACAAUUAUCCAGGCCGGAAGUUGUGAGAAGAUUACGAGAACGUAGUGAACCUACUUUAUUGUUUGGUGAAUCGGAACUUGAGGCUUUCCAACGACUACGUAAAUGCGAAAUUUUGGAGCCAGAAGUUAACAAAGGAUUUAGAAAUGACUUCCAGGAAGCUAUGGAACAGGUAGACCAAGCCUAUUUAAACGAGCUCCUUUCCUCCUCGAAACCGAAUAAUUGUGAUAGAAAAGGAGAUGUCAAUGUCCCUGACGAAGAAAUAACGUACGAAGAUAUCCAGAAAAUGUCAGCCAGAUUGAACAGAGGAGACAGGGAUUUCGAUAUGCGUGUAAUCACUCAAUUUCUCCAGUUUUUGGUUCUGGUUUGGGGAAAUCAUUUGAACAGCCGAGGUACUGCUGAGAAGAUGAGUACCAGAGGAAAAAUGGCCAGUGCUACAUAUGCACAAACUAGAGAGUAUCUCAAACCACUCCUUGGAAAACUAAAAAACAAAUCUCUCCCAGAAGAUAUCACGGACAGUUUAACUGAAAUUGUUAAACAUUUGCUUGAACGGAAUUACAUUUUGGCAAGUGAUGCAUAUCUGCAAAUGGCAAUAGGUAACUCUCCCUGGCCCAUUGGAGUUACAAUGGUAGGUAUUCACGCACGUACAGGGAGAGAGAAAAUUUUUUCGAAAAAUGUAGCGCACGUGAUGAAUGACGAAACUCAACGAAAAUAUAUCCAAGCAUUGAAGAGAUUAAUGACGAAAUGUCAAGAAUAUUAUGCAACAGACCCCUCCAGAUGCGUAGAGUAUGCAAAGAAAUAAGCCUGAGUUUGUAACAAUCAUUUGAAUGUAAUUUCAAUUGUCAAGCUAUGUUGUCAGCUAUGAGGCCCAAUGAGUUACUGAAUUUUACAAAGACUAUUAUUAUUAUUAUUCUUUGUGACUUUUGUAAUAUAUGACGGUUCUAAAUUGAAGUAAAUUAAUAAAUAGGUCAAGUUAUAAA